AUGAACCGCCGUUGCAGCUUCUCGCAGCAAAGCGUUCCCAGUUGUCGUCUUCUCCCAGCGGGAAAAAGCGCCGUCGUUCGAGCCCGACGCGUUGGCUGGCGUUUUUUUUCGCUGCUGGGGCUCUACGUGCUGCGCGUUUACUUCCUCGCGGGCUUUUUCGUGGUCACCUACGGCUUGGGCAUCUACCUGUUGAAUCUGCUCAUCGGGUUCAUUUCGCCGCAGAUCGACCCCGAGACGGACGAGUUCGUGCUGCCGGUGCGGGAGACGGAGGAAUAUCGGCCGUUUCAGCGGCAGCUGCCUGAGUUCAAGUGCUGGCUCGCGGGCGUGCGCGCGGUGCUCAUCUCGAUCGGCAUGACCUUCUUUUCCGUGUUCGACUUGCCGGUCUUCUGGCCGAUCCUCCUGGUCUACUUUAUUCUCCUCUUCAUCCUCACCAUGAAGCAGCAAAUCAAACGCAUGAUCAAGUACAAGUACCUGCCCUUCUCCUGGGGCAAGCAGACCUACGGAGACAUCACCCGCAGCAAGGGCGGCCUCGACAAGGCCCGCAAGGACGGCCCGCCACACGCUUUUGGAGCCCAAGGCGCCGGCGGAUUCGGCGCCGGCGUCGCCUCCUCCGUCUCCCUCGGGCAGGAUCACCUGACCACGCCCUACGUGCUGCGAUAA